CACACUUACUUACUUCCGUUUUUCUUUUUCUCAAAACACAAACAGACGAAGAGAUUGUUGAAAGAAGCAUAAUUUGAUGAGGCUAUCCGAAUAGUUAUGGAGGUGACCAUUGUCUCUGAGGUAGACGUCUACAUCACUGUUAUAACUGGUGGUAAUGUUAAUUUAACCAAACAAAUUAUAAACGAUCCAUUUAGUAUAGACUCUGUUACAGCCUUUAGAGGACAGGAAAACUGUGAAAAGACCAAGCAAGUCAUUGAUAUAGCCGAACCAAGAUUUUAUGUAACAGCUUCCACUAAAUGCUUAUCAUCCAAUGAAGUCCUUAACUCAAGUCAUGUGACCAGAGAGGACCAAUCAUCUACUCAUUUAAAUGGUAAUCAGGCAGAAACUUCAGAUGAUGAAAAUGAAAAUGUUGAAUUUGUUGCUGAAGCAAUUGAUAUUACAGACCAAGAUUAUGAAAACAGUGAGCCCGAAAUUAAGAUACAUGUAGAAAGAGCAGAUCAAAUUAUCACACGUGCAAAAAGCUUACGUAAAAAAUCAGAAAAAGGUAGUGAUAUGAUGGCUACAAGUUCAAAUAAAAGAAAACCAUGCCCUUCGCGUUCACUAAAACAAACAAAAAAUUCAAGGAAAACCAAAUAUUGCAGUGCUAUUGAUUUACAGCCCAAUAUUAAUGAUGCCAACAUGUUCAUGGUGAGUGAGGCCCAAGAUGGGGAUUCAGGUAAUAAUGAUAAUCAGGAAAGGAAAGUUAACAAUGUGAAAAUUGAGUUGGUACAAGACGAAAACCUGAAAAUUGAAUGUGACAUUUGUAACAAAGUUUUUCCUAGUAAAAAGGAAUUGAGAUCACAUAAGAAAAUACACAAAGAAAGCUUUCCAUGUGAGAUCUGCGGAAAGGUUUUUCAAAGAAAUCAUACUCUGAAAAUUCAUCAAAAGAAAAGUAACAAUGGUAAGCAAAAUAAAUGUACAUACUGUGAUGAAACCUUCACUCAGUUAUGCAAAAUGCAUGUCCAUGAGAGGGUCCAUACAGGAGAAACACCAUACUCCUGUAACAUUUGUGGAGAAAAUUUUAGCCACAGUGGGGAAUGUCGUCUACACAUGCGAAAAAAUCACACAGGAGAACAACAGAAAAAUGUCAAAUAUUUUACAUGCCAAAUUUGCAAUGCGUCAUUCAAAAGGAGGGAUACAUUGAGAAUCCAUUACAAAAGGCAUAAUGGUGAGAAACCAUUUAAAUGCAGUUAUUGUGACAUGAGAUUCAUUUUAAAAUUUUCAAUGCAACAACAUGAAAAAAUUCAUACCAAUGAUGCGAAAGAAUUUAAAUGUGACAUUUGCGGUCAUGAGAUGCGAGCAAAAUAUGAAUUUCAGCAACAUUUACGUAGACACAAUGGUGAAAAAUCUCACAUUUGUGAAAUAUGUGGUCGGGGAUUCUUUGAGAAGAGAAAAUUAGAAAAUCAUGUCAAGUUACAUAGCAAUGAAAAAGCCUUUAUUUGUCAUUUGUGUGGAAAAGGUUUGAGUCAUUCUGGUGCUUUGGCAUCUCAUAUUAGAAAUCAUACAAAGGUCAAAGGUUAUACAUGUCAUAUUUGUAAUCGUGCCUUCUUGCAUCCAAUCAGGCUUGAGCGCCAUAUGAAGACACACACUGGAGACAAACCACACAAAUGUGACACAUGUGCAUUUCAAACAGCAGACGCAGGCACACUUAAAGUACACAAACGUCGACAUACAGGUGAAAAACCGUACACAUGUUUAGUGUGUCUGAAAUCAUUUCGUGCGCUGCGUAACCUGAAGAAACAUCAGUUAAUACACCGACCUAACAAGAUUGAUAGAAGGAGAAAAAACCCAGAUAAUGUUAAACCGACUACCUGUUUAAUUUGUCUGAAAAACUUCACCGUUCCUAAAAGCUUAAAACGCCAUCUUAAAAAUGUACAUGGCAAAAACAUAGAUGAAAAUGACAAUGGCCAUCUUGAAAAUGAACAAGGCAAAGAUAUAGGUCAAAACAGGAAAUUUGAGAAUGUUCAUCUUGAGAAUGUGCAAGGCAAUUGUAUGAAUCAAGUUGAGAAUGGCAAAGGUCUUGAUCAAAAUGAAAGUAUUCUAAAUCAUGUCAAUGUAACAAGAGCAACUAAAGAGGUGAUUAUUGAAGAAGGUGUUGAUUUUAACCAGGAUAACCAAAUAUUGGUGUAUUAUAUUUGAUAUUUAAGUUUUAUAAUAAUUGAAUAAUGUAAUUUGAGAAACUAUUUGGUGUGCAAUUAUGGUUGUGAUUUUGUCAUUUUAGGGUUAAAAAUUCAAAUGCAAUUUUAAAUUUUACUAUAUUGAGAAAAGAAUCCAGAUUAAUACUCAUGUUUAUAUAAAAAAAAUCAAAAUGCCAGUUUAUAUUACUGUAAACCAACUAAAGUUUGCGAGCAAAUUUAUUUUUGUGAGUAGAAAAAUAAUGCGAAAUUAAAUUGUCGCGAAAAAGACUAACUUGGAUCUUUCCCUAUCAAACUUCAUAAAGUAAAUAAGAAAAUCGCGAAAAUAAAUCGCCCCGAAGUUGACUAGCUGGGUAUAAACGUGAAAUAAAGUAUCUGCGAAAAUAAGUUGGUUUACAGUAUUGCGAUAAUAAUCCUGCGCAUAGCAUUUUUCGCAAUAACAA